AUGGAAGGAAGCAUAGGCGAGGAGAUCUAUUCUGAUGUUAUGAAGAUGCCUAAAACAGAAUCAGAUCCUCAAUCCAUUUCGAAAGAUGAAACUCGUAAUCCACGUGAUAUCGACGGGGAUGAUUUGUGGGACGAUGACGGUGGAGAUGAUAUGGAAAGACAGUGGCAGAGGCGGCAACAGGAAUUCCACCGGCUAGGAUAUCGGGAAGGCCUGAUGGCCGGGAAAGAAGCAGCGGCACAAGAAGGGUUCAAUUUGGGGUUUAAGGAAUCUGUCUUCGCCGGCCAAAGCUGGGGUCUUGUUAGAGGUGUUACAAGUGCCCUUGCUCGUCUACCUGACGAUUUGAAACAGAAAUUGGUUGAAACAGAGGAGAAAAGACGCAGAUUCCAGAGCCUGCACGAAUCAGUGCGUUCUGUUUCCACAAAAGAUGCGCUUAAGCUGUUUUAUGAUGGCCUGAAUGACGGAGGCCAAACUCGAGAUGGAGUUCUUCUUAAAGAUUAUUCCGAAGAAUGUAAGAUGCUGGUUCGUGAAUGUUCUGCUUUAAGCCUCAAUGGGGAAGCUACACAAACUGGUUCUGGUACAGGAGGAGAUUCACACAGCCAAAUUCCAGAUGGUGUUGUUCUUAAAGAGUAA